AUGGUCCCCCCACCGCCUGAAGCUUGGCCGGAGUUGGGCGGGGCUUCGGGAUCGGAUCACCUGCGGAAAUCUGCUGAGGAAGAGGAGAGCGCAACAAACAACCGCAGCUCACUUAACAUGAAGAUACUUCUCACAGUCUUUUCAUUACUGCUUAUGGACUUAAUAUCACAUGUAAAUGCGUCGAUUUCUCUUGCUCCAGAGGACUUGGAUGGAUCAGGAUAUGACAUGGGCAGUUCUGGCUCUGGACCAGAGGAUUGGCCUGUACAAGGCGGCAGUUCGUCAGGAAGAUCCACCAUGAACGAUGCCACCGCCAACCGGGGAGACAGGGUUAUUGCAGCAAAACCGGGAUGUGAAGCCAAAAUUAAUUUCCAUGAUGUUUCAGACAAAACCUCAGCAUCUGGCAAAGUGGCAAAAACCAAGAGCUUUUUUGAGAACAAAGAGAUCCUUGCAGGUAUCAUCGCAGGAGGUGUUACGGGACUGACACUGGCUACUGCUUUGGCAGCGAUUUUAAUCAACAAAUGGCAGAAGAAACCUGUUGCAGUGUAUACUUUUGCGCAGCAGAAGGCUUCAAAUGGACUAUAUUAAGAAACCUAAGAGCAAGGAAUGUAUUGCUCAAGUAUCUUCGCCUUUGAAGACUGUCAGGCAGAGUAUUCCCUGUCUGAGGCAGCAGAGCUAAAUCAGUUUUUAUAAUGAAGAAACUGAGUGCGUGUGAAUUUAUUUUCUCUUCAAAAAUAUUUUGGAAAGAAUGUCGCGUUCCAAUAAUAUGCCAGUUAUUCUCAUAAUGUAUGUAAAAGAGAUUCUGUAUUAAAUGUAUCUAUUGUUUAUAGGCAAUGUGUAUAUAAAGAUUAUGUUUUGUUUAUUUGAAAGUCAUUUAACAAGCCAUAUUGUACAGACACAUAUUCCCCAUCUCAGUGCAAGUCUAUUGCAAUUAGUAUGCUGUGUGUCAUAGAGUUGUCCCUUUUAUUUUUAUGUUUAAUGAAUAAAGAUGAUCUGGGAAAUCUUGAAAAUCAGCAGUUGAUUUU